UCAAGAUAUAUUAGAAUAUGAUGAAGAAUUGAGUGGUGAAGAGGAAUCAAGUAAUGAAAAAUCAGAAAGUGAAAAGUCAGAGGACGAAGAACCAGAAAGUGAAGAGUUAGAGGAAGAAAUCUGUGCAAGCUCGUCUAAAACCCUGCAUACUCAUCGUGGCUGUCCAAGAUUAAGUGCCGGUAGCACUAAUAAGCAAAAAGGGCGAGAUUCUCUUCAUGG